AUGGCUGAUAGUUUGGACCCUCCACCACCACCUGCCACUGGCGAUCCAAGGAACCAGUUCCUGUGUCUGACCAUCUGCGGCUAUCGCCGACCUGGGAUGAGCGAGAGCGACUACAGAGAUCACAUGAUGAACGUAUCGGCGCCGAUGACCAAGGACUUGAUGGUCAAGUACGGCGUGAAGCGGUGGACUGUAAUCUACAACACGACGGAGACACGUCUUCUCAUGAACCAGCUCUUCGACCACCAGAUGCUAAAUCUGGCGGACUUUGAUUGCUUUAGUCAAGUCGUGUUUAAGAGCGUGGAACACUAUAAAAAGAUGAAAGAAGAUCCUUGGUACAAGGAGCAUCUUGUGGGCGAUCAUGAGAAGUUUGCAGAUACUCAAAAAAGCAUGAUGACCAUUGGAUGGAUUACUGAGCAUAUAAGAGACGGGGAGGUAGUGGAAGGAAUGAAAGACUAUUAA